GCAAAUAUUUUAGAUAGUAGAUACACAAAUCAACCAAGAAAGGUUUAGUCCUAUCAUUUCCAGCAAAGUAAGUAGAACAUUCACAAACGAUGCAGUAUCAUAGUGAACCGAUGAGGGUCAUGAGAGCGGAUCAUGCUCCAGCCUCUAUUCGGAGUUUUGACAUAUCCCAGACAAAUACCAUUACACGCGAGGAACACUCCCUUGGAAACGACAAAGAAGAAGCCAAACAAGGGUUUGGCAGCAAAAAUAGCACUCAGGGAGGUUCACACAGUUGUGCGUCCUAUAAAUCUUUCAGUCGUAAUCAAGCCGACAGUAUGGAGGUGGAUGCUAAUGGAAGCACUAGUUCUGGAGCAGGGUCACAACGACGACAAACUGUCAAGCCUGAACAAACAUGUACACGCACGCGACGGAGCAUCUCUCAGCUAUCCCGUCCCUUUGUAUGCAUGUAUGAUCGAUGCGGUCGUGCAUACACAACAAAGCAGGCGCGUCAGUUGCACUACCGAUUGAAGCAUACACAAGGAAGUGUAUUCUGCGAGCUAGCGGCUCCGGUGUCCACAGGUAGCUCGCUUUCGUCCGCUUCGCACAAGCAAAUCAAAUCAGCCCCCAUAUACCGCAAGUUUCCGGUUGGCAGUUCCAUCAGGAACAACUUACCUGCCUCACCACAACCAGUUCGCGAUUUCAGCGUAUCGAACGCAGUCGGAGGUGAUACCGGGAUUAUCUCUCACAACAAUACAUUGACAAAGAGUCGGUUGAGUGAGUUCAAUGCAAGCCAAUCAGGUAUUGCCGCCAAAGUUGACUAUUCCCAGCAUCCGUUACGACAAGGAUUCUCUUCAUCGUCAUCGCCUACUGUACAAGGCCAGGGCGAGAAACGACAAAGUUUUGAGGGAGACAAGUGCGACAAUUCCGGAGAGUCGGUUGUUGUGAGUAAUCUUGCACUCAGAUGCAAACGAAUGAAAAUGUCGUCCGGUGACGUCACAGAAGAACAUCAUAAAAUCGAUCAUUUGUUGCAGCAAAGUGACACGCCGGGGCUGAUGCUGAAACUACCUACUAAGACUUUACGGAAAGAACAUCCGCAUAUUAAACGCAAAAAGGGCUACGUCAGCAAAAAGAAGAGACAGCAAAGGAUACGAGAGAAGUGCCCAGUCCAUGGAACACAGCAUCCUCCUUGUGUACAAGCGUGCUGCCGAGUAGCCACGGUACCUGCAGGCCCGCCCAGCAUGAAUAGUCAAACUCACGCUGGUAUAUAUGACGUCGGAUAUGGACAACAUGUAGUCUCAACGCAAUCGAGUAGCACCAUGCAAAAUAACGAAGAACAAAAUUAUGGGCCGGUGCCGCUUUACCUUCAGGACACCUCAGUGGCUUCGAACCCAUACGUCGCGUCGCGUUAUUCAGCAUUCGUUCAGUCUAGCUGCACAGUACAUAUGCAUCGCGAGCAGAUCCCUUACAGCCAGGCGCCUGUGAUGUGGGUUCCUUUCAACCAGCAUAUACAUCAAGUUGCUGGUGGUAACUAUAUCGCGAUUCCGGCCCACUAUACAGACAUGCAUAAUAAUGCUAUGUAUGAACAUUAAUACUGAAUAAAUAUUUAAUUUUAUAAAUAUUUUGACAUCUAGACAGCAGCGCUCAUAUUGCAUUGGCGCCUACUCCACGUCGAAACUAGCGUUGUCCUUUCGACAUGUGCAGAUUGUUUCAGUAUUACUUGGAAGUCGAAGAUGGCCUGUAGUAGGCGUCACGCGAACACGGCAGGGCAUAUAUGCAUUAAAACUAAUUUUAAAUACG